AUGAGUCUGGCCAGCACGCUUCCGAGGGCGAGUUUCGAAACUCUCCUGCAGCAUACCAACUUUAUGGAUGGCAUAAAAUUCGUUUUCUUUGCGUUUGUGGUGUAUUCCUGCUUCACGAUUGCAGUAGGCUGGGUCGUUUAUGAAUGGAAACGCAAGGCGCACGGGUGUGGCAAGAUCCCCCGAUACCCUCAUCGUGACCCAUUCUUUGGAUUCGACAUCGUUUUUGGUAUGGCCAAGUCCCUGCGCAACGACUACUUCCUCGUCUGGCUCAAUAAAGUCCAUGAGAACCUGCCAAAGACCUUCUUAGUGAACUUUGUCGGUACCCGGUUCAUCUACACCAUUGAGCCUGAGAACAUGAAGAGUAUGUCUGCAAUCAACUGGCAGGACUUUGCCGUCGGUCCAAUGCGGCGCAAUAACAAGGCGACUGCUCCGUUUGCGGACAAAGGCGUCAAUACUGUUGAUGGACAUGAGUGGGAAUUCAGUCGAUUUCUGAUCAAACCAUUCUUCAAGCGGGAGACAUUCACAGAUACCAGUCGUCUAACCCUGCAUGUUGACCGUGUCCUGGAACAACUGCCAGCGGACGGUGAAACAGUCAAUAUCCAGCCACUCAUUCAACGUUGGUUCCUUGACGUGACCACCGCGUCUCUCUUUGGGGAGUCGAUCGAGUCUCUAGUCUAUCCGGAGAGAGCCCCUAUAUGCUGGGCCAUGGUGGACGUUCUCCGGGGUCUCCGUCUGCGACUUCAGUGGUACAAAUACCUCUGGCUCUUCCGCCACCAGGCAUGGCUUGAUGCUGUGGAAGUAGUCCAUAGAUAUCUGAACGCACACAUUGACCGAACGUACAAAGAGCUCGAUGAGUAUAAACGCCAAGGCAAAAACCCAGAGGCGGCCGAUCGCAACGACCUGUUGUGGUAUAUGGCCAGCAAUCUGCAGGACAAGGAAGCCCUCCGGUCCCAGAUCUGCUUGAUCUUUGUGCCAAACAACGAUACGACCUCCAUAUUCAUUAGCCAUAUCCUAUGGAACCUUGCCCGUCAUCCAGGGAUAUACGAGAAAUGUCGCCAGGAGGUACUUGCGCUGGGCGACGCAGAGUUAUCAUUUUCGGUACUGCGGAAUAUGAAAUAUCUCAACGCUGUCCUCAACGAGACGCACCGUCUUUUCCCCAACGGGGUAACUCAGGUCCGGAAAUGCAUCAGAGAUACUACCUUGCCCGUUGGAGGGGGCCCUGAUGGCAAGCAACCAAUUUUUGUCCGUAAGGGGGAUGUCGUCCAGGUCAACAAGAAUGUCAUCCAUCGAGAUCAUGAUAUCUGGGGCCCCGAUGCAGAGGAUUUCCGGCCCGAACGUUGGGAGAAUUUGCGGCCCUACUGGAACUUCGUUCCCUUUGGUGGCGGGCCCCGUCGCUGCCCGGCUCAGAUGCUGGUGACAGCGGAAGCCAGCUACUUCCUGGCACGGCUGAUGCGCGUCUAUAAGCGGAUCGAAGCCAGAGAUCCAAACCCUUAUGUGGGAGUGAUGCGCGUGGGACCUUCAAACAAGACUGGCGUGCAUAUUGCGCUGUUCAAGGAGUAA